GCAAAUGCAUCAACAAAGCUUGGUUCUAGAAGAAUUAAGCAAACAGAUCGGAAAAAAAGGAGAGACUCUAGAGGGGGAAGCCUCUGUUGGCUCUGCACAGAGUGAAUCUUGCCUCGCCGGGAAGAAGGUGAAAUUGCCUCUGUUUGAUGGUGAUGAUCCUGUGGCUUGGAUUACACGGGCCGAAAUUUAUUUCGAUGUUCAGAAUACAUCGGAUGAUAUGCGUGUGAAGUUGGCUCGCCUGAGCAUGGAAGGUUCAACCAUUCAUUGGUUCAACCUGUUGAUGGAGACAAAAGAUGAGUUGUCAUGGGAGAAGAUGAAGCGAGCGUUAAUUGCUCGUUAUGGAGGACGUCGUCUGGAGAAUCCGUUCGAGGAGCUUUCGACGUUGAGACAGAAGGGAAGUGUGGAGGAAUUCGUCGAAGCUUUUGAGCUGUUGUCAUCACAAGUUGGAAGGCUUCCUGAAGAACAAUACCUGGGAUAUUUUAUGAGUGGAUUGAAACCCCAAAUUCGGAGGAGGGUGCGUACUCUGAAUCCUCGAAAUAGGAUGGAGAUGAUGAGGAUUGCGAAAGAUGUUGAAGAGGAAUUAAAGGAGGAAGACGGCGAUGGUGAGCGUCGUGAUGUGAAAAAAAGGGGGGUACGAGCCUGUGGGCCAGAAGGAUUGGGCCGGGUUACUAAGGAGUAAAGGUGGGUCUCAACCCA